AUGGUCGGGCGUGAACUUUUUUUUAAAUCGUUCAAAAAAACAACGGCCCCAAGUCCCCAGCAGGCCUUUAGUGGUCAAGGGGUGCCAAGAAUCCCUGGGAAGUAUGCAAUAGCGGAUGAAUGUUGCAAAAAAAUUCAGAAUGGCCCCUCUAUGGUACUUAGACUUGGAACGCUCAAUGUUGGAUCACUGACUGGCCGCAGCAUAGAAAUUGCAAAAAUGCUCGAGCGUAGAAGGAUUGACAUCUGCAGCCUUCAGGAGACCCGAAGGAAAUCGAAUGGCGUUUAUCAUGUCAACUCGGACAAAGCAAAAUAUAAACUAUUCCGGAAUGGUCAAAAGAUGGCCAAAAAUGGUGUUGAAAUUUUUGUCAGAGAACCGCUAGCCGAAAAAGUACUGGAUAUUAAAAGAAUUAAUUCACGCGAUCUCAAUGGCCACGUUGGAAAGAAAACAAAUGGUUUAGACAACGUACAUGGCGGUUUUGGCUAUGGAGAACGGAAUGAAGAUGGCAACCGCAUCCUUGAGUUUGCUGAAAGUCACGGGUUUUGUUUACUGAACACAUAUUUUAGAAAAAGGUUGGAACAUCUCAUAACAUACAAAAGUGGACCAUCAGCCACGCAAAUUGAUUUCUUCGCUGUCAAGCAACAACACCGAAGGCUAUUCAAAAAUGUCAAAUGGCGGAUUAACGCACAGGCACAACAGGCACCGGCCUGGGGCGGAAAAUUAUUGGGGGCGGCAAAUUUUGAAAACUAG